AUGUCAGGGUGGACCAACGGCAGCUCCACCGUGUCUUACACCAGCUUCCUCCUGCUGGGCUUCCCAGGGCUGAAGGAGUCCCGGGCCCUCCUGGUGCUGCCCUUCCUCAGCCUCUACCUGGUGAUCGUCUCCGCCAAUGCCCUGGUCAUCCGCACGGUGGUGGCCCAGCGGAGCCUGCACCAGCUCAUGUACCUGCUCAUUGCCCUGCUCCUGGCUGUCAACAUCUGUGCUGCCACCACCGUGGUGCCCGCCAUGCUGCUCAGCUUCUCCGCCCGCUUCAGCCGCAUCUCUCUGGCUCGCUGUCUGGUCCAGAUGUUCUGCAUCUACUUCCUCAUCGUCUUUGACUGCAACAUCCUCCUGGUCAUGGCCCUGGACCGCUAUGUCGCCAUCUGCUACCCUCUCCGCUACCCACAGAUAGUGACGAGCCAGUUGCUGGCUGGCCUGCUGGGGGUGGCAGCGGCCAGGGGCACUUGCAUCGUUGCCCCCGUGGUGGCACUGGCCUCCCGGGUUCGCUUCUGCCGCUCAGAUGUGAUCCAGCACUUUGCCUGCGAGCACAUGGCCCUGAUGAGGCUCUCCUGUGGGGACGUCUCCCUAAACAAGACCGUGGGGCUCGCCGUCCGCAUCUUCAACCGAGUCCUGGACAUGCUGCUACUCGGAGCCUCCCACGCCCGCGUCAUCCAUGCCGCGCUUCGGAUGGCAUCGGCUGGGGCCCGCUCCAAGGCCCUGGACACCUGCGGCUCCCACCUGCUGGUCAUCUUCACUGUCUACUCCUCCACCAGGUCCUCGUCCAUCGCCUACCAUGUGGCCCGCACGGCCUCCCAGGACGUGCACAGUCUGCUCAGCGCCUGCUACCUGCUGCUUCCAUGUCUGGUCAACCCCCUCAUCUAUGGGGCCAGGACCAAGGAAAUCAGGCAGCACCUGGCAACGCUGUUCCAGAGGCCACAACCACAGGUCCCGUGA